AUGAUCCGCUGCAUCCAGAAGUUCAGCGAGUUGAUUCGGUCAGCGGGCGGUUUGCAGCAGGCGCAGCAGCAGUCGCAGACUUUGAGCGGGAAGCAGCAGGCGCACAGGCCAGCGCACGCGCUGCUGUGCCCCGGAGGAUGCAGCAGCGGCGACCCUCUGUACGAGCUGGACAGCCUCGCUGAGCGUCACCCGAGCGAUGCGCUCUUCAUCGCCGCCGCGCUCGUUGCUACCGCCGUGGCGGAGGGCAGACCCGCCUCCUGGCUGGAGGCGUGGGCGGACGACAGCUUUGUCUGCUCAUCCGGCGGAUCGCGGUGGGCCGACGGCGGCGAGGGGGAGGGGGAGGGCAGUGAGGACGAGGAGCCUGACUGCGCUGCAGAGGAGGGGUGGGCUCUGCUGCACACCGGAGUCCUCUCCCGGCUUCCGGCGGAGGCCCGCGCGUUGGCGGCUCCUCUCCUCGACCCGGGCCUCUUCGCGCGGCUGCUCGCCGCUGUCGAGCGGCGCGUCUUGCCGCUGCAGGCGGCUGCGGCGGGCGGAGAGGUGCACGAGGCGACGGCGCAGCUCGACGCGCUCCUCGCGCUCGAGGCAGCCGACUCCGAGGACGGCUUGCCGCCGCACGCAGGCGCAGACGCGCCGGCCGCCGCCGUGACGGCGAGGCGGCUGGUCUGCCUGCUCAGCCAGCAGACGCUCCGCGUGUCGCACUCGUGCCUGCCUCGCUCGCAGCUGCAGCUCGAGCCGCACGCGGACGCGCCGCCCGCGAUGCCACGCGCCAGGCUCGUGCCGUUGCGGCCUCUGGCGGCGGCCGAGGAGCCGCCGUCGCUCGCGUGGGUGCCGACGGCGAACGCCUCUCUCGAGGAGCGCGCCGCAGCGCUGCGCGCCCGUUUCGGCGCCUCCUUUGCUUGCGCGUGCGAGCGGUGCAGCUACGAGGCGAGGGGCGGCUCUGUGGGUGCUCCGCUGGUUGCGCUGGCGCGCGACGCGAUGGAGGACGGGCGGCUCGCGGCGGCGACGGCGAUGCUGCGAGCCCGCGUGUCUGCGUGUCGCACCGACGGCGACGCGUGGAUGCUGCUGGGCACUGCCCUCCUCGGCAGCGAGAGGUGGACAGCGGCGCACGAGGCGUGGCGCGCCGGCGCGGAGCUGGCGCCGCACCACGCCCUGCUGGGCAGGCAGUGCCGCAAGGACCGCAGCUACCGCGCGGACGGGGUGGCAGCCGCGGCCGGCGGGGCGGAGGGGGCAGCGCCGUGCGAGGUGCACGCGCUGGCCGGCGGCGGGCCGGCGUGCAAGGUGGUGGUGAGCCGCUCGCCGCUCUUCUCGGCGGUCGAGUGCGAGCGCGCGGUUGCGGCCGCCGAGGCGCACGCUGCCAAGUCGGGCGGCUGGACGACGUCGCGCCACCGCGCCGUCCCAACCACCGACGUGCCGGUGCACGAGGUGCCGGAGCUGCUCCGCUGGUUCAACCACGCGAUGGCGGGCCGGAUCGCGCCGCUGCUCGCCGCGCAGUUCCGCGUGGCCGCCGCCGACAUCCGCGUGCACGACGCGUUCCUCGUGCGCUACAGCGCGAGCGGCGGGCAGGCGCACCUCCCACUCCACACGGACGAGUCGGUGCUCAGCCUGACCGUCGUCCUGAACGACGAGUUCGAGGGCGGAGGCACUUUCUUCGCCGACCUCCGCCGCUCGCUCUCCCCGCCGGUCGGCCACCUCGUGGCGUUCCACGGGCGGGCGCUGCACGGCGGAGAGCCGAUCGUGAGCGGCGUGCGCUACAUCGUCGCGGCCUUCCUCUACGUGGCGGUCGAGGAGCCGGCGGCGGCGCCGCCGCUUCCGGAGCUCUUUGCCGGCUGCAAGCGGGCGCGGCGCGACCGCGGCGACGACGCGAUGCCGGCCGGCGGCGGCGGCGGCGAGGCCGAGACCUUCUGUUUUGGAUUUUAA